AUGGACUUUGCUGGCGAGCGUUACUACAAGCUCAAUCGAAUCCUAUUAACCGCAGUCGGUUUAUGGCCGUGUAACGAUUCAGCAUUCAUAAGUAUUCAGAGAAUAUUUUUCGCUCUACUGCUCGCAUUUUCUUUAAGUGUGCAGAUAAGAAAAAUAUGGGAGCAAAUAAAAUAUCAUUGGAAUGCGACAAAGUGCAUAGAGGAAUUAAAAAUCUUGCAGCGAUACACUAAAAUCGGAUAUCUGAUGACAAUUUUUGUAGCAAUAUUGUUCUAUUCAUCCGUAUAUAUAUUUCUAACGAUGCAAAUUUCACCAAAAUUGCUUGAUAUAGUGGCGCCUUUGAACGAAUCACGACCGUACGAACUUUUAGCUAUAGCCACAUUUUUUUUUGAUCAAGAAAAAUAUUUUGCUCCAAUAUUUAUGCAUAUGACAGUGGCGCUUUCAGCAGAAAUAACUAUAAUAGUGGCUACAGAAACAAUGUGCUUGAUAUGGAUGCAACACGCUUGUGCUCUAUUCAAAAUUGCUAGUUUUCGCAUAGAGCAUGCAUUUGAUUGCGAAAUACACAUUUCUAUCGCAGAGAAAAAUACGACGUAUUACACGAAUAUAAUUAAUGCGGUAAUCGUUCACAAUCGAGCUAUCAAGUUUUUAGAGUUUCUUAAUUCCAACUUCGAAGUGUCUUACUUCAUAUUGCUUAUGUUAGGCGUAUGUUCUUUAAGUAUCAAUCUGUUUCGUAGAGUAACAAAUUGCAGUGCUGAGAUAUUCUAUAAAACAUGUGAAUUGCCUUGGUAUACUGUUUCUAUUCAAUGUCAGAAACUGCUUCAAUUUAUAAUGCAACGAAGCAUAAAAACCUGUAAAUUUACUAUGCUCGGUGUAAUAGACGCAUCGCUUGAAUGCUUUGCUUCGAUGCGAGGCCUUAUGCAACAAAUGCGGCGUGACUGGAAUGCAUUAAGCAGCGCGCAGGAAAUCAAAAUAAUAAAAAAAUACUGGGCUUUCGGAAGAUUCAUCACAUUGAUUACGACAUAUCAACAAAAAUAUUUUAUUCCGCUUUUGUUACAUGUAUUUCUAAUCGUUUUGUGUGGAUUAACCACAGUGGCAGCGACCGAGACGCUUCAUAUGUCGUACAUGCAACAUGCGUGUGGAUUGUUCGAAAUAGCCAAUUAUCGCUUAGAACAGGCGCUCCAUAAGAACACGAUACAAGAUAUUACAUCUUCUGCCGAAAGAAAUUUAAUUGUAUGCAAGAAGAUAAUCAGUGCAGUCAAUAUGUACCGAAGAGCAACCAAGUUUAUAGAAAUGUCGAAGGCAAAUUUUAAAUGGGCGUAUUUAUUACUGUUACCAUUAGGAGUGUUGUCGCUAAGUAUCAAUCUUUAUCGUUUUUCUCAACUGAUAAUGACCGAGGAAUAUUACGAGCUGAUCGUUAGUAUUCUGUUCAUCAUUGGCCAUUUUUGGUACAUGUUUUUCCUCAACUAUGUAGGACAGGAAAUAAUCGAUCAUAGUAGCAAUGUCUUUUACAGAACAUAUAACACGAAAUGGUAUGUUGCACCAUUGAAAGCGCAGAAAUUAUUACUGUUUGUGAUGCAAAGGAGCAUACGGCAUUCCUCAUUCGUCAUUGGUGGUUUGUUCAUUCCGUCGUUCGAAGGAUUUGCCACGCUUACGAGCAUGUCAGUUUCAUACUUCACAGUGAUCUUUUCCACUAAUUGA